AGCCAACCUUUAUAUAUAUGUACACUCUCUCUUAAAAGAGAGGCUUUGGGAUUACUGUUCAUCCAUGUCAUAGGCCUUUUCACACUGUUCCUUAGCUUGUUCCAAUAAUGGUUCUUCUAUAGUUUCAAGCGAAACAUGCUCUCUUCUUUCGACCAUCAUAUGAAACCCUAACUUACUGUUAUAAAUCCGACGGAUCGAAUGAUAAUCCUAUUGGGAAGGGUUGAAUUGGAUUUUAUGGAAGCUUGAUUUGGUUGUUGUUGUUCUUUUAAGAUAAAUUUGGGAUUCAGUUUGAGUCUUAGGAAUAUGAAAUUUUGAAUUAGAAAUUGGGUUUCUAAUUUCUUCUGAGAAUCAUAGUUCAUGGGAUUAAAGAGGGGAAACAUAUUAUGCUUUGUGUUGUGCAAAGUGAAGUAUGAUUCUAUUUGAUUGACAAAAUAUAGGAAUAUUUUUGACUCGGUGUGGCAAAGGGUUUCGUUGGAGACACAGUUGAAAAGAUCCCAAGGAGGACAAUUGCUAAAGAUAAAAGUAUUGAUGAUUAUGGGGAGAGAGUUUCUUCAUCAGACUGUCUUCAGAUGAUGCUCUUUCUAAUUCAAAUGAUUCAAGCAUGAGUGGAAAGCACAUGAAUGGGCAAGAUGACGCUGAUACUCCUCCAGAGGGGGUGUCCAUUGAUAAAGGCAUUCGUUCAGAUGCUGCACAACAUUUGGAGGACGGACUCAAUGAUAUUCAUGAUCUGGAGAAUUUGUCUGCUACAUUUCAUAUUAAACCUUGUCUAGUACUAAAGCAUGGUGCAUCUGGUUUGGACAAGCUAGAAAGGCAAAUCACAUUGUUUGGGUCUCAAAAACAUGAUCACCCUGUGAUGCAAUGGCAAUAUUUUCAUUGGGAGUCGGUGAAUACUGGUGGCCUUAAUGAACUUAUAUUGGAACUUCAAAUCUAAGGUUGUUAUUUUCUUGAUAAUCCAUCUUGUUAAUUGCUCAAAAAAUAUAGUUACAAGCUUAUAGAGAAACUAAUGCUAGAGCCCCAUUUUGAGGAAUGAAUAAUUACGUUGUGCAAUUACACAUUUCAAUAAUUCAUGUCAAUAAAUUACAUUGUUGAGAAAUUAAUCCUACGCUCCCAACAGGGUUGAAAUAGAUACUACAUAUUUCUGCAUAGCCAAUUUUGAGACCACAAUUAUUCUUUUCAGUUAACACUGACUAUAAGUAUUAUUUUGAGGAAUAAGUAAAAAAAUUAGAAAAUGAACGAGUUAUGUAGCCUUAAAAAAACUUGGAGAUCUGGAGAUUAAUAUAAUGAUGUGCAUUCGUUUCAAAGCUUACAAUAUAUGGUUGCUCUCGGGCAAGCUCUAUGCUGAAUCUUCUAGAAGCAUCUUCAUUUUACUAAUAAUACAUUUCUCUGGCUUGCACUAUUGAAGUUGUGGAUGAUGUGCUCUCCAUUGAUCAUAUAAAUCAGUAUGGAAUGCAUGUUAGCUUUCACAAUUCUUUGCAUGUUCUGUUCUUUUUUCUUUAUACAAAUGUUGCUUGCAAGUGGUUGUUAUGAUUUAUGAGGAUGAUUCGCAUAUAGCAAUCAAUGUUCCCUUUUAAUGGUAGUGGGCAUACUGAUUGCAUCAUUACUGAGCACCAUGAUUGUUCAAAAAUGUUUUUACAUCAAAUCGACAGGGUUUUUUCUUGCUUAUCUAUAACAUAUUAGGGUGAAAUACUCUAGAGCCUCGAAGAAAUCCUUCUUACCUUCUAUAUCUACAAGCGGGAAAAAAUUGAAGAGGGGAAUAACUUUGACCUAUUUCAAGUGGUUGAUCCGUUGAAUGCUAAUGACUUCCUAUGUUGGAGACCGCAACCGAAAUGACAAGUUUCUAAUUGCUUGGACUUGUUUAUGUAUAACAAUCUCAAUAGUAAGUUAAUUAAUUUUUAUUAUAUUUAUAUGAAUGCAGCCAAAGAGUUUAUUUAAAAUUAGUGAGAUAUAAUGAGAAAUUCUACAGAGAUAUACUAAGUGGUGGGUGGAUAGUUGACAAGGUAAGGAGUUUCCUCCUAUUGAAUAAUGUAUGACACAUAUAAUUGGAAAAUUUGGAAUUUUAUUUACAAAGUUUCAUAUUGUAGCAUAUUGAUGUGUUAAUGUGAAAACCAGAUUUUAGAAAACAAAGAUUUAUACAAAUGUGAAAAAUUGCUACAAUUACACGUACUCACAAUUUCCAAACCCCCAAAUACACUACAAAAUACAUACAUGGGAGUCUACAAAUGAUCUUCUAAGUCUUAGCCUAAGAUAGUCUACAACCAUCUCAACCUUGAAAUGGUGAAAAUAUAAGGUGGAGUCUCCUAUUAUGUGUGCACAAAAGAGGUUAGCUAACUAUUCCUUUCGGAUGUAGGAAACAAAUCAACUCAUUCUUGUAACACAGGACAAACAAAUUAAUUCAUAUUCCAAAUGUGACAUUAUAAUUUCAAUUCUUAUUCUAUGUAGGAUAAUACAAAGUCAAUUCCCGACAAAAUUAAGUGCUUGUCUAAUGACUUUCUUGAGGUUUAAAUUUAGGCCUUUACCUCCUCAAUUUGACGUGCAACAAGUUCGUUUACAUUAGCUAUUUGGAUACAUUGGAUUGAUAGUCGAGGAAAAGUGUUAAAGAUAAGCAAGAAGAACAUACUGGGAUUAAGUUUGAAGCGGAGUCUCUCAAUUUUGAAUUUUGAUAUUGGUUUUUCAUUUUGCAUUUUUUGUGAGCAUUACUUGACAUUAAUUGAAUUUUAGCUCCUAAGGAACAAUGAUAAGUAUUUGAAUGUGUGUCAAGUAUAUACAUUUAAAAAAUGUAUUAAAUUAGACAUUAGCACAUUGUUGAAGUAAGAGAAGUAGUGUCGACAGGAGAAAAAUGAUUUAAGAUUGUUCAAGGUAGACUUAAAAAUGUACCAUUGAGAAGUAACUUAAUUUAGAAUUGGCAGCAAGGUCGAACAAGAAAGGUAGAUCUUUGUAUGAAAAGGGUUGGACAUAAAUCAAAUAAAAAGUAAAAAAAACAUAGGAUUGAUUUAGUUCCCUUCCAAGUAAGCAGGUUUCAAAAUAAAUAUAAAUAUUGGAAAUAAGUUAAAAGCUUCUUUCGAAAUAAAUAUCAUUUUUCUCGAAAGUAACAUUUCAAAAUAUAUUUAGAAAUAAGAAAUUACUUAA